UCCCUCAGCGUCAGACACCCAAUCUGGGGAGCAGAAAUGGAGCAGCGAUGGUCCUUCUUCCUCUUUGCCCUAAUGACGGUCCACUUGGUCUCUGGUGGCACUCUGCACGGCCGGAUCGUCGGAGGGCAUGAAACCAGGCCUCACUCACGACCUUAUGCAGCAGCUCUGAAAGAAAAUGGACAUUUUCACUGUGGGGGGUUCCUCGUGGCCCCCCAGUGGGUGAUGACUGCUGCCCACUGCAAUGGAAACCUCAAUGUCAUUCUGGGAGCUCAUGAUCUGAAUGCCGUCGAAGACACCCAGCAAGUGUUCGGGGUCGAAAGCUACCACCAGUUUCCCGGGUACAAAGUGCAUGGAGAUACAGCAUUCAAUGACAUCCUUCUUCUAAAGCUCGACCAUCGAGCCAGGCUGAACAAGUACGUCCAAGUCAUCCCUCUUCCAACGACUGAGAAUGACCUCCCAAAGGGCACAGAGUGCUUUGUGGCUGGAUGGGGACGAAUUGAUGACAGGAUGGAUGCCUCACCAAAGCUUUUCGAGACCAACGUCACCAUCCCCGGCCGCAGGAUGUGCCUCCAGUUUAUCCGGGAAAUGACCGAUGAGAUGUUGUGUGCUGGCAGCCCCACCAAGCUCUGUGACGUCAGCAACGGGGACUCCGGAAGUGCCUUGGUGUGCAACGGGGUGGCCCAUGGAAUCGUCUCCUAUGGCUUUCAAGUCCCACCAUCCGUUUACACCCGGGUCGCUGCCUUCCUUCCAUGGAUCAAAUCGAUUCUCAAGUAAAGUCUGAGAGGAAGGAAACGCCCACCGGAUCCUUCAAGUCCAUCCCAGCUUUUUCUUACCUGCUAGAUUAUGCCUUUUCCCCCUCCUAGAGAGAGUUCUGUGUGGUCUAAAAGGCUUAAGGCAGAUGCAAUAUGGCAUUGGCUCCUUCAGGCAUGGUGUGAGCCUGGUGUUCUCCUGGCUCUGGCAUGAGAGUGAGGUGUCUUAGUGUUGUAACAGACACUGGCCAACCAGCUCACCGAAAACUUGCUUUUUAGUAAACUUACACAAUUGUUUGUCAUUGUUGUCAUUGUUUUUCUUUACAGAGUUUAAUCCUGGAAAGAUAAUUGUUCAUAUCUCCUGAACGCAUGCAGAUUUUGUAUUAGGAGGGGAGGUUGGUUUAGACUAGAGGAUCUUCCAAGAUUCUUCCAAUUCUAUGCUCCUAUCGCUCCAUGAACAGCUUUUUUUAUGGUUCUGUACUCAAUACACAUGCAUUGUGCCAACCUUGAAAGGGAUCCACAGGGCUCAGUUGUGGCUUCUUCUACAAAAUUUGUUUGCAUUUACUCAUGUCUGUCUUUAAGUGAACUCUGUCUUGCAUCCCUCUAUCUGCAUUGCAGGUGAAAUAAACACACGCUGGCAUUUCA